AUGGCUUCUUCUGCAAAUCUCCUAGGCCCACCGGCUGUAGUCAUUAAGGACCCGAUUGAUCAACCAGAAAUCUCCCCACCACCUUCUGAAUCAACCGUUGAAUCACUAAUAACCCAAACCACAAGCCUGGACUUGACUGGUAAACCUCCGAUGGGCUUCACUGAAAACUUCUCUGCUACAUUUCUCUCAACCGGUAACCCUUGCCUUGAUUUCUUCUUCCAUAUCGUGCCGGACACACCGUUCGAUCAGCUAAUCCAACGACUCCGGUUAUCCUGGGGCCACGAUCCCUUGACGACCCUCAAACUGAUUUGCAACCUACGAGGCGUGAGAGGGACCGGCAAGUCUGACAAAGAAGGGUUCUACGCGGCAGCAUUUUGGCUCUACAAAAACCACCCGAAAACGCUAGCGUUCAACGUCAAAUCCUUGGCUGAUUUCGGUUAUUUCAAAGACUUCCCAGAGAUUCUUUUCAGACUUAUUGAAGGACCUGAGGUGAGAAAGAUUGCAAAACAAGAGAGAAAAGAUCAAAUGAGAGCAAAACGACGACGCCAUAAAAAAACGGCGUUGGAGGAGGAGAAGGAGAAGGACGCCAUUUUAGAGAACCUGCAGGAAGGCACCAACUGUCGCGUGAUUGAUAAAGAGAAAGCAAGAGCUUUGAGGAAAGAAAGAGAGAUUAAUAAAGCUGCAAAGGGUUUAAACAAGUACAAAACGGAUGCUAAUUAUCGUUUACUGUUUGAUUCUUCUGCUGAUUUAUUUGCUGAUUUGUUGAAAUCCGAUAUUGAAGCAUUGAAUUCAAAGAAAUGUAACAAAAUCAGCCUGGCCGCAAAAUGGUGUCCGUCUAUUGAUUCCUCCUAUGAUAAGGCCACGCUGAUCUGUGAGGCCAUUGCGCGGAGGAUUUUUCCGCGCGAAAGUGAGAAAGAGUAUGGAGAAAUCGAGGAAUCACAUUAUGCCUAUCGAGUUAGAGAUAGGUUGAGGAAGGAGGUUUUGGUUCCGUUGCGUAAGAUUCUUGAGUUGCCAGAGGUGUUUAUGAGUGCCAAGGAAUGGAAUUCGCUUCCGUAUAAUAGAGUAGCGUCUGUCGCGAUGAAAAAUUAUAAGACUCUAUUUUCUCAGCAUGAUAAGGAGAGAUUUGAAGAGUAUUUAGAGAAUGUGAAGAGUGGUAAGGCUAAGAUUGCUGCGGGUGCUUUGCUACCGCAUGAGAUUGUGGGGGCAUUGAAGGAUGAGGAUGGAGGGAAAGUGGCAGAGCUUCAGUGGGAAAGGAUGGUUGAGGAUAUGGUGAAGAAAGGGAAGCUAACGAAUUGUAUUGCGGUUUGUGAUGUUUCAGGUAGUAUGGAUGGGGUUCCGAUGGAGGUCAGUGUGGCGCUUGGGCUGUUGGUUUCGGAGUUGAGUGAGGAGCCUUGGAAAGGGAAAGUUAUUACAUUUAGUGAGAAUCCGGAGCUCCAUUUGGUUAAGGGGGAUACAUUGCUGGAGAAGACAGAGUUUGUGAGGAACAUGGAAUGGGGUGGAAAUACUGAUUUUCAGAAAGUGUUUGAUAGGAUUUUGGAUGUUGCUGUGGAGAAUAAUUUGAGGGAGGAUCAGUUGAUUAGGAGGGUUUUUGUUUUUAGUGAUAUGGAGUUUGAUGAUGCCAAUGGGAAUUUUGAGAACUUGAUGGAAAUGGUGACUGAUUCAAUUUCUGAUAUGGAGAAUAUUGAGGAGUGUUACGAGCCAGUUGUGAAGGAGAAGGGUAAACUUGCAUGGGAAACAGAUUAUGAAGUUAUACAGAGGAAGUUUAGGGAGAAAGGGUACAACAAGUUGCCUGAGAUUGUGUUUUGGAAUCUUAGGAACUCGUCAUCUACUCCGGUUGUGGCUAACCAGACUGGAGUUGCAAUGGUUAGUGGGUUCUCAAAGAAUCUGUUAACUUUGUUCUUGGAGGAAGGUGGGAUUCUGGACCCUGAGGAUGUGAUGAACUUGGCUAUUGCAGGUGAAGCUUACAAGAACCUUGCUGUUUAUGAUUGA